CGUCCCCGUCGUCAUGACGACCAAACAACAGGGCCCGCAUCCGCCCGAGUCGAGUUUCGCGCGAGUCUAUCGCUACACACACCCGGCGGGAAUGUUUUGAUGGCAACUUUUCGCCAGAUUGCCACUUUUCACUAACUUCGGGAGGCAUUCCGUGGCGAGAACUCGCCACAACAGGACCCGGUUUGGCCACUUCUGUAGCAAAGUUGUCGCAGGAAAGUUUCCGGAACUGAUUUGGCGUCCGGCUUGAAGCCGUCAGCUGAAACACUAGCCCGAGACCAUGUCGGCAGCGAAGGUCGUCCAGCCGUCUCCGGAUUUCCGCGGACUCCGACCUCUGUCCCGAGGCAUGACCUUCUCUCCGCGCCCCCUCAACACGACCUUGUCUCGCCUGAGUUCCCGAGCGUCGCUACCUCGGCAGACUGCCACCCUGGAACCCGGCAGGCUGUCCAUCUCAUCCACGCCUCUGUCUCUGUCCCAGAGCAGUAUCGUACUGAAGCCGGGUCUCAGCGUGGUCGAAAUCGAAAGCCUUCUCAGGGAGAGGGUCAGGUCAAAGUUCAACGACCUCAAACUGGCGUUCCAGACGUAUGAUGUGGACCAGUCGCUGAACAUCACGAAGGGGGAGUUUCGUCGCGUGCUUGAGACAUUUUGCUUCCCCCUCACAACGGACCAGUUUGAAGCCAUCCUGGCCAAGUGCCAGCUGAACCCAAAUGGUACAGUCCGCUACACUGACUUCCUGGAAAAGUUUUACGGGAAAGAAACUUCCGGGAAGGACGCUGCCAAGUGGCUGAGUGGAAUCCACAAGUACAACCAGUCAAGGUCACCCAUGGAGGUCAGCGUGGACAAACUGGAGAGGGAACUCAAGGACAAGAUUGGAGGGAACCUGAAGAACUUUGUAAAAGCCUGUCGUCUGUUCGACUACAACCGAGACGGGAAAAUCCAGAGACACGAACUGAGAAAAGUCCUGGAGAAUUACUGCUUCAGGAUGACUGACCAGCAGUUUGAUAAACUGUGGCACAGAUAUGACUUCCAGCACACAGGAGUAGUGGAGUAUACAGAGUUCCUGAGAAGACUGGGAGUGUACGUACACAAGCACAACGCUGUCGCACCAGACUCCACUAUGCUGGCGCUGAACUGGCAGCAGGUGGAGGAGGAGAGGAAGAAGCAGGUUGCGAAGCAGGCUCUGCAGCAGAAAACUGACAAGGUCGUGGAGGGGAUGACCUUCGAACAGAUCGAGAAAGAACUCCGCAAGAAGAUGAAGACCAACUACACCAACGUGAAGAAGGCUUUCCUGGCAUUCGAUGCCACCAACAGUGGCUACAUCAGUAUAGAGGACCUGAAGUCUGUCCUGGUGCACUUCACCAUCCCCAUGUCUGAUCAGCUCUUCGCUCAGCUGAUGGACAGGUUGCGUAUCAAGGCGUCGGGGAAGGUCCCGUGGGAACAUUUUCUGGAAAAGUUCCAGGACCCGCAGGCAGACGGCAACGGGCAGACCAUCCCCAUCAAACCGGAGGCCAACAGGAAAGUGAACCCAAUCCGAGAGGCUGAGGGCUCCCCGCACAUUUCUGACAUCAUCGAGAAGUUGAGGAAACACAUUCUGGACGGCUACUCAACCAUUAAACAGGCUUUCCUGGUCUUCGAUGAUGAUCGAGAUGGGAAGGUAUCCCGUAAGGAACUUCGUAAGAUCAUCGAGAGUUUCACCUUCCGGAUGACAGACGAGCAGUUUAAGGAAUUGAUGAUCAUCUUAGACCCCCUGCACGAAGGAUUCAUCAGCUACAAGAAGUUCCUGGACCUCUUUGAGCCUCAGGAGAAAGUGGAGGCGCACAAGUGGCUGUUCUCCACACACAAGUUCAACGCUCAGCAGCCUCCAGCCAUCCUCGCCUGGGACACGGUCGAGGACAUCCUUCGGGAGAAACUGACCGAAAACUGGAACGCAAUGCUGGGCAUGUACCAGUCGUUCGACCCUGACGCUACCGGAACCAUCACACGGAGGGAACUACGGCGGAUCCUGGACACCUUUGGGCUGCCCGUAUCCGACGAACACUUUGAGAAGAUGUGGCGAGGCUGCCAGGAGAAUGUUCACGGGAACAUCGCGUUCGGAGAGUUUCUGGCGAAGCUUGGCGUCGACGCAAAGCCGGGUGACCUUCAGGGCCUGAGCACUCAGGUUCACGAGGAGAGUUACGCUCGGGAGGAGCGCAGAAGGAGCGACCAGAACCUCAGAAUUAAUGACAUUGAGAAGAACGCGGCCAGAAGAACGUCUAAGAUGACUGCGGAUGAAGUGAUCCUUAAGCUCCAGGAUCAGAUGUCUCAGAAGGAUGUGCAGAUCCGCAAGACGUUUCUCCGCUACGACAAGACAGGGCGCGGCAGGGUCUCCAAGAAAGACUUCAGACAUAUCCUGGAGGAUAACGGCAUGUUUAUGGACCCGAGUCAGUUUAACAGCCUCUGUACCAGACUCGGCUUUUUCAACGGCUUCCUCCAGUACACAGACUUCAUCGCUGCCUUCGAGGACAGAAGACACGGUGGCCCGGCAUCAGACAUCCUUCGGUCGGGGAACCACCGGGUCAACAGCACCAACGUGCGGUACAUGUCUGCUGAGGAGGUGGAGGAACAGCUGAGGACCAAGCUCAGGGAGGGAUUCAAUGACCUCCAAGAAACGUUCCUUAAGAUGGACGAAACGAAGUCUCAGAGCAUCACCAGAAACGACUUCCGCAAACUUCUGGACUCCUUCAUGUUUAUAAUGACUGACGAGGAGUUUAGCAGAUAUGACGUGGACCAGAAAGGCUACCUGACCCACGGAGAGUUUGUGGAGGUUCUGGGCUUAACCUUUGCCCCUAGCGACAUGCACGGAACGAGCCGGCGAAUCGUGGACGACAGCCAGGCGUUCCUGGACCAGCAUCACCAGGGGCAACAGGCGCGCCAUCAGCAGAUCGCAGCCAAUCAGAUGAAGGCUGCGGGUCACAUGACUGCCGCAGAGGUCGAGCAGCAGCUCAAGCGAGGCGGCCGGAAGGCAGCCGUCGAGACAUACUACUUUCGCGAGGAAACUCCGGACGAAUACGCUCGCGAGGCCCUGUUCGCUGGCGGCGUGAUCCCAGACUCGGUCAGGAGCAAAGCGUUCGCACAACGCGAGCCCUUUCCCCGAAUGGAAAACAACGGAAUGAAGGCGCGAGAGGUACUGAUGGGAAAUGGAGUCAUCCCAGACCGAACACCGGAGCGAACGUACGCAACAUCGGACGGCAAAGUCCUUCCCAGUCUACGCUACAACGACAAAUUUGCGUUUUCGAAUGGCCACAACUAUGAGGGCAACUUCCACAACUCCCAAGCCAACAUGAGGACAUCCUUUAAGUUUGCAAAUCAACUGACAAAAGUGAGUGGAGAUUUUCUGGACGCAGGGAUGGACAGAAGAAAUGAAGACAGAAGGGAGAGAAAAGUGACGUUUGCCGACAAAGUCUCCGAGAACAAGCGGGCGAAACAAGUUCUCCUCGGCAACGGAGUCAUUCCUGACUUCGAUGAAGCUGAGAGCGAAAACGAUGCGCCAAAAAUUGGCAGAAAGUCAACUUUCAAACACGAACGCUCUGACUAUAAGCAGAAGUUCCUCGACGCUGGGCUAAUUUUUGAGCGUAACUCAACACCAGAAUUUCUCACCAAUGUCUCUCAAAAGAACCCACAUCUUCCCAAGAGCAUUUUAAACAAACACAACUCCUCUCGCCCUCUCAGGGAAGACACAAGACUUGACAGACACGCUUAUGACCGACCUGACUUUGACAGAGCAACCUUAAGUCUUCAAGACACCUUCCCAACGUCUUAUGACAAAAAGAAACCAGAGGAAGAUGUCUUGAACAAGGAGAUCAGGUUACGUCUUCUCGCAAAUGGCAUCAUUCCUGAGACAGACACGUACAAGACACGGAGGCCCAAGAGGCAAGACUCCUUUAAGAAGCAACCGUACUCCAAGGAGGUGUUCUUGGGGCGCGGCCUUAUCCCCGACCCUGACCUGAGACGUCUUAAGAUGACCGAAGGACGUUCUUUAGAGUCUCGGCAGUUUCUUCAGGUGUUUGCAGAGAUGCCCAGUACACCUGACUAUUACAGGGAUAAGUUCCGAGAAUACUACCAAGACUUUGACAAGGCAUUCCGCAAGGCAGACUUUAACAAGGACGGAACAGUCGACAUCCGAGAACUUCAGAGGGUUCUUAUAGAACACAACUUCUUCUUGGAGGAGGAGCAGUUCUUCGAGCUGUUGGACAGACUUGGCCUGUCACCAGAGAAGGGGAAGCUGUCUUACCCAGACUUCCUCAGGGCCAUCGACGACGGAAGGGCCUCCAAAUAUGGGCGUAGGAGGUCGGGGGUCACCAUGGAGGAAUACGACGGCCUUCCCGCGGAAAAAUCGCUCGAGAAGCUCCGCGAAAAAGUCGCCGCAAACUUCGUCGUCGUCGAAAAGGCUUUCAACGCAUUCGACAAGGAGAGCACAGGGAAAGUCAAAGCGUCAGAGUUUCGGCGAAUCAUCGACCAUUUCUGCUUCAAGCACUCCGACAAACAGUUCCGGGCUCUUCUGGCCAAACUCAAGUUCCACUCAGACAACACCAUAGACUGGAGGGCCUUCCUCGACGACUUCAAGAAGAACGAACAAGAGGCGACCCAGAACUGGCUAGAAGAUGUUCAGAAAGCCGCCAAGCCGAAGUCCCCACAGGAACUGGCGAUGCAGGAGGUCCAGUCCAGAGUACAGGAAGCCGUCAGUGCUCGGUUCUACGCCUUCGCACGGUCCUUCGCGGAGGUCGACUACGCCAAGAUUGGGGUCGUCGCCAAGGAGGACUUCCGAGACAUCCUGAAUAAGAACGCCAUAAGACUUUCAGACGACCAGUUUGACCAGUUGUGGGAGACGAUGCCUGUGAACGAGUUCGGGAACGUCGUUUACCGAGAGUUCCUGAAACAGUUCUCGACCGAGCGUACCCGAGGCGCGGAGUUGCCCCCCUCCCCACCGCCGACCCCCACCCCGUCCGAGACCCCCUCAGCCAUGGUGUUCGCUCGACGGCCCGCCACAGCCACCACCCCCAAGUCAGGCAGAAUGAGCGUUAUGAGCGACAGACCUGCGUCCCGUGUGUCACGACCUUUCACCCCUCUGGUGAACGCUCAGGGCGCGGAGCUGCGUAUGAAAGAUCGAGUGUUCCGCCACUGGAAGGACAUCCAGCGUCUCUGCAAGAGUCGGGACCCUGAGAACAAGGGAGAAAUCUACAUGGAGGACUUCAAGGGCCCCCCCCCCACAGCAAUCGUGGAGAGUUUCAACAUCUACCUUGCACCGGACGACCUUGACCAGCUGCGGAUUAAGUACGACAUGCGGAACAACGGGAAGUUCUCGUACAAGGCCUUUCUGCGACACUUCCUGCUCCGACUCAAGCCGCAGCAGGAGGGCAUUCUGCAGAGGAAGAAACUGCAGACUCCGCGAUUCAGCGUGAAGCAGGGUGCAGAGAGCAGCCUCCUGUACGACGCGAUGCUGCGAAUGCGAGAUGUCAUCAUGUCAGAGUGGCAGCGAAUGCGCCGAACCUUCCGCGCGAUCGACGCGAAGGGCGAGGGUUUCGUCUCCCCCGUCGACUUCCGUCAAGUCCUCAAGGAAUACGGCAUCAACCUCUCAGAAGAAGAGUUCUUUCAUCUAAUGACUUUCUAUGACAAGGGGAUGGUGGGGAAAAUCUCGUACAAUGAUUUCCUAAGAGCCUAUCUGUCACAAUAAGAUGUUUAGAGUUAAAACUUUAGAUCCAACACGGAAAGUUCUCUCACCUAGAGCUUUCAACCAGUCACUCUAGUCUU